AUGGACGUAUUCGACGAACAGUAUAAUAACUAUCGUACUGCGUUGAAAAUUAUAGGAUUAUGGCCAUAUAAUAACUCAAUUUAUGUUUGGAUUCAGAGAUUAUUAUUAUUGACAUUGUUUCUUGGCAAUAUAAUAUUUCAGAUCGUGUCAUUUUUAAGAUUCGAAAUUACGUUACGAAACUGUAUUUUCAUAUUGUCUACAAUCUGUCCACUUAUGAUAGUUUCCUUACGAUAUAUAAGUUUUAUAGUAUUUUUCCCUAUGAUAAAAUAUUUAUUUCAUCAUAUACGUAUGGAGAAAAAUAUAGUACAAGAUUCAAUAGAAACACAAAUACGAACAAAAUGCAUCAACAAUUCCAGUCAUAUGAUCAACAUUUUUCUCUGGAUAACUUAUGCAACUAUUGCAUUCUGCAGUAUAUUCUUAUUGUGUCCUAUAACGUUAGAUUUUAUAAUGUCUUUGAACGAAUCUCGUACACGCAUCGUUCAUUAUAUUACAAUGUAUUCUGGCAAAAGAAUCAUGUAUGUUGAUAUUCUAUGCUUGAAUUAUAUGCUUCUUGCGAUAUUAGUAAUAUUAUCUGCAACAUGUACCGAAUCGAUACUUGGACUUUAUAAUUAUCACACAAGCAUAUUGUUUAAAAUUAUAGGCCAUCGAAUACAAAAGAUUAUUACGUAUUUAACUAUGUUUAAUCUCUCGUCGAAGCAAAUUGAAACAAAACUCGCGGAGCUUUAUCGCGUGGUGGAUAUGCAUAACCAAGCUAUCGAGUUACUAAAUAUGAUUAUAGCUAAGAAGGAUCAUAAUCAAUUAGAAAUUUUCAUUCCUCUUAUAAUUUUUAUCAAUCAUUUGAUAAUGAUGUUUUUAUGUAACCAUAAUGGUCAGAUACUUAUAGAGAACAGUGAAGAAUUAUUUAAUGAAUUAUAUAUUUCUGUAUGGUAUUUUGUGCCAUUAAAGGUACAAAAAAUUUUAUUAUUAAUCAUGAUACGAAGCUCUAUGACAUGUAUGUUACACAUCUUUGAUGUAUUCAUUGCAUGCCAUGCAGGAUUUUCGAAGAUGUUAAGUACAUCGUUUUCAUAUUUUACCUUGAUAUACUCGAUGCAAUAG